AUGGCCACGGCACAGUAUUCCUGUGAGCACACUCUCGCUCAGCUCGCCUGAACGCCUUCGCUCCCCCGCCGAAGCAGCGCCGGCCUGAUUCGCUGUUCGUUUUCUCACCCCCUCAGUCCGUGCGCUCAAGUCGACCGGUCUCGUCACCGGCCCUCCUGACUAUUCGGCCUUGAGCUCUUAUCAAAGGUGAAGAACAUGUCUCUCCCCCCGACCCGAACGGCGUUCGAUGGUCGCCAUCGGAUCAUUUUGCAUCCUCGCACGACCGGAAGGCGAAACCGCGACGCUGCACGCCAUCCAACCCGCUUCAGAUCUUCAGAGGCGAGCGCUAGUCCGACUCCCAUCGAACCAGAUGCACGAAAAUAGCUGCAGUUGGACACUGUGACCAGCCCAGCUGCGGGAACGGACCGUCGCAUUUGCCCGCGGCAAUCCGUCUCGCUCCGUACUUCAUUCACCUCAGCCCUCCCGCGACCUGCCAACUGGCCCAACUUUGGAAGGGGGUGGGGGGGAAUAGUUUGUGAAGUCGUCGAACUGACCCUCAACCUUUGGUUAUCAUCCCAGGCCCGAGGAGACGGUCAAGGCGCAGCGGUAUUCGAGCGACGGCCGACUAUUCGCAUACUGCACAGCGACAGGGUACGUAAUGCACAGCGCGCAUCUCACAGACGAUCCGCUCUUGACUAGUUUUGUUUUUUGUUUUUGGCCAUUGACUUUCCGCCCGUAGUGUGCAAGUCCUCGACGCCGAGACAGCCGCGAAUGUCGCCUCCAUCCCCGUACGAGGCGCGAUUGACAUUGCAUUUUCGCCAAAGGGGACGCAGAUCUCCACCUGGGAACGACAUGGUCAGUGGAAGAGGCCCUUUUUAUGGCUCAUUCCGCAUGGAACUGAAUAAAAAGAUCGGUUCGAAUUGCUCUUGUCGCAGUCAAACCCGCUGAUGGCGAGCCGCCGCACCACAACCUGCGAGUUUGGGACGUGGCGACCGCAACCGAGGUGGCUUCCUUCUCUCAAAAGGCCAUGGAUCGAUGGUGAGCAAAGGUCCGAGAGUUCGCUCUCACAGCUGGAACUGACUUACAUGGAAAUUGCCUCACAGGCAAUUGCAAUACACCGAGGACGAGGCCAAGGCCGUGCGCAUCGUCACGAACGAGGUCCACGUCUUCAACGCCGCCGACUUUGCAUCUGGGAUCGCCGAGAAGCUGCGGGCCGAGGGCGUCACAAGUUGCACCCUUUCGACCGGCGCUAAUCCGGCCGUUGCUCUCUUCUUUGCCGAAAAGAAGGGCGCGCCCGCAUCGGUCAAGAUCCACUCGCUCGAGGCUCUGCAGACGCAGACUUGUAUCAAGACGUUCUACAAGGCCGACAAGAUCACAAUGAAGUGGAAUCGAUCCGGGUCCAAUUUGCUCUUCCUCACCCAGACCGACGUUGACAAGACGGGCAAGUCGUACUACGGCGAGACGAACCUCUACAUGAUGUCUUCGGCUGGCAACUUUGACUGCCGUGUCACGCUCGACAAAGAGGGUGGUAUCCAUGACUUUACUUGGUCGCCGAAUGACCGCGAAUUCGCUGUCACGUAUGGAUGUGAGAAGAUUCGAACUUCGGCCCCCGCUCUCGAUACCCAGGACUAAGCUGACAUCGGCUCUUCCGAACCCCGAACAGACAUGCCGGCCAAGACCGUCAUCUUUGAUCAGCGCGUGAAUGUCAUCAAUGACUUUGGUCUUAACCCUCGCAACUUUUUGGCUUACAACCCGCAAGGCCGCUUGCUCUGCAUUGCUGGUUUCGGCAACUUGGCUGGUCAGGUCGACGUCUGGGACCGCAAGACGCUCAAAAAGGUGUGCACGUUCGAGGCGCCGAAUUCGGUGCACUGCGAGUGGAGCCCCGACGGUCGUUACCUCAUGUGCGCGACGCUCAGCCCUCGGUUGCGAGUCGACAAUGGUGUAAGAUUUUACCACUGCACCGGUGGUCUCAUGCAUAUCGAAGCAAUCGAAGAACUGUACUCGGUCUCAUGGCGACCCGCACCUGUGAAUCUAUUUCCCUUCGGUGGACCGAUUGACGCCGCCCCCUCUGCCUCAAUCUCGGUGGCGAACGCUACACCUAACAAACCCGCCGCCGCAACGGGGGGAGCUUACCGACCACCUCACGCGCGUGGUACCCUUACACCGACGGUGUACAAGCGCGAAGACGAAGGAGGGGCCGCAUACGAUGGUACGACCGCUUUCCCCUCGUCGGCGAAUGGGCGAACGUCGCCGACGUUCGGUGCUCGUCGAAGGGCGAUCCCGGGUGCGGCCGCGCCGAGCGGCGAAUCCGGCACGACCGAGGAUCCGAGUCGUCGGAAAAAGAAGGGCAACAACAACAAUGGCAAGAACUCGGCGAACGGAUCCGGUGCCGCUACGCCUUCCACCGGUGCGGCUGCCACACCCGCGGUACCCGUGCCCCAAGCCGCUGCCGAGGUUCUGGCGGGGGAGUUGUCUCCGAUCGACAAGAAGCGUCGGGCUCUGCAGAAGAAGUUGACUGCGAUCGAGGGGCUCAAGGAGAAGAAGGCCGCGGGCGAGAAGCUCGAGUUGACGCAGUACAAGAAGCUGGACAGGUGCGUUCUCUCUCAAACUUCUCGAAGAGAUGUUCAGAACCGCAAGCUAAAUUAUGAGGGGGUUGUGGUUGAUCUUUCCCAGCGAGGCCGAUAUUCGCAAAGAGCUGGCCGCUCUGGAGCUUGAAAAGUAG